AUGGAGAUUCGUACGAUGGUCUGUGACCCGGUACAGCCUCCUCAGCCUCCCGCAUCGGACGAUCCCUCCGUACCUACACAACCAGAGAAGAAGAAGCGCGUUCGGCGAUGGCAUCAUCGAGGCUUCACCGGCUGCUCCACCUGCCGCCGGCGCCAUGUGCGUUGCGACGAAGCUUCGCCCUCGUGCAAGAACUGCACGCGACUCGGACUUGAAUGCGAUGGAAGUCAAGGGCGGAUGACAUUCAAAGUAUACGGGCCACCGCCGCCGACCGAACAACCUACUACCUCCUCGAAAAAACGCGAAAAGUCGACGGCACGAGCGAACCAGCGACGGGUCAAGAAAGAACACAAUGAGAACGAGAACGUUGAUGGAUUGGUCGUGUCGCCGACAACGGCUCCCGACUCGAAACCGAUCACGUUUCGCUUCGAAGACCCGGUUUUAUCGUAUCGAUCGUCUUCCGUCGAGAACAGAAAGGUGGUGAAACAGGAGCACGAGGAGGAUGCUGUAGAUCUGGCGCUGGUCCCGACUACCGGAAAUACGAACCCGAAGCCGAUACAGUUCUUAUUUGAACACUACAAGCCGUCUGUUUCGUCAAUGGAUUCUCUCCAAGGUCGCUAUUAUACACAUUUUAUUGAUGAAGUUUCCACGCUCUUGCUUAUUUACGAUAACUCUCUGAGCAUCAAUCCUUUUCGAAGAUGUUUCCCUGACCUGUCACAAUCAUCGCCGUCAAUGGCGAGCGCCAUGGAAGCUCUUGGUGCACUACACCUUGCAAACACGUCGAGUGGGCAGCAGCGAAAUGUACACUUUCAGAACGCCAUGAGCAGCACCCUCGGCUCCCGGAUUUUGCUACUUGUCUGCUCUUAG